GUUCACGAGCGUUCAAACUAUGCGGACAACUGCGUUGCACAGCGCAGCAUCCGUGAGAUGAGAAACCAGCGGAUUUCAAAGCGCUCCCAAUGCGUUGGUUCGGGUUUGGCUUCAACGCAUUUGGGCAGAUAUGUGUCCAUGAGAAGUUAGUUGAAGGUAGCGACACCGUGAAUGAAGUUAAAGUGAUUAAUCCAACAGAGCUCAGUAGUCAUGUGGACAGAAGUGGCUGCAGACAGGAUAUCAGAGCUAGUUGGAGUCGAAGAGCAUCUUUGCAUUUGGAUGGUGACGGCUGUGUGUGCCUGGCAGGUUUCGGAGCUGUCACCUCUGAAGAAUGCAUAUCUGUGGCAGAGAGCCGUGGCUGCAAGGACGCUUUCAUCAGUGAAUCAUAUUUGACCCUGGUUUUCCCUGACAGAGUUGAGUCCUGGGACCUGGAUACCAAAAAGAAGACUCCAGCAUGGAGCAUGGAAAUAAAAACCCAGCCAGAGUGUUCUGGUACGCAUCUGAAUCUCCCAUUAGUCCCUGGGGGCUACAUAGCCACAAAACCUCCCUUCUACCAGUCCCUAUCACCACACCUGAAAGCCAAGAGUCUGGCACUGGGUGCAGAGCAUGCCAUCCUUCUCAGUGCCACUGGAGCUGUGUACACCUGGGGACUGGGCAGCCACGGUCAGUUGGGGCACGGAGGCCUCAUCUCUGAGGAGGAGCCCAGGGCAGUGGAGGCACUAUGGGGGAUGCCCAUGAGCUGUGUAGCCACAGGAGGCUGGCACUCUGUCUGCAUUAGUGAUGGGGGUGACCUAUAUGUGUGGGGCUGGAAUGAGAGCGGCCAGCUUGGACUUCCAUCACAAACUCUGAGGAAAGCACAGCAGCAAAGUGGGCAACAAGCAGAUGCCAGCACAUCUCCACGUGAAGAUCCACAGGAGGGAGAGGAUGACAAAGAAGUGUUCAUAUCCAUCCAGGCAUUCCCAGCUCUUGUGGAUAUCACUCCACCAUGUGAAAUCAAGACAGUCAGCUGCGGCUCCCGGCACACAGCUGCAGUAACAACCGCAGGUGACCUCUACACUUGGGGCUGGGGUGAAUACGGCCAGCUUGGACACCAGAUUUUGAGCUCAGAUGAGCCCCAACGUGUGGAGUUCUUCAGGGAGCAGCAGAUGUGUGUGGUCGAUGUAGUAUGUGGGGCGUGGAACACUUUUGCUGCUGUGGUCAAGGAGGAAGUAGCCAAUGCUUAAAUAUUAAGGAAUCCCAUUGACACACAUAAACAAUGGACUUUGGACAUCAUAUCAGGAACUGUGUGUUGUCAUAACAAAUACAAAACUCUUAAUUAAAUGUAUUUUGGAAUACACACAUA